AUGCGGAGUGCUGCAGAAGCCCUACCGGCGGACGUCGGGUAUACUCUUGUCCAGCUUACGGCCGGAUCGAGGGUGGGAGUUUGUCGGGUUGUCCAUGUCCGGGCAGAGGCACGACUAGCCAGAGUCCCGAGCCGAGACAACCUGCAUGCCAACCCGGGAGGCUCCACUGGGUCCCGUAAAGUCGGUCGGGAUUGGGACGCCAAGGAGGAUGCGGCGCCCGUGGACGUGGACGAUGUCAUGGCUAGAUGA